CGCCGCUCUCUCAGGACCAAAUCUGAGGAUGUCAGCAGGAAAAGAAAACGAGAGGAGAAUGGUGUUACAUUUUCAAGGUGUUUGCUGACCAGGCUGAGUGUCACAGAUCUGUCCGCGCCGACAAUAGAACAAUAAUGCAGCGUGCACAUGAUAUCGAUCAUGACAUCCAGGCUAAGCUGCUUAUAGGAGGACCUUCAGAGAACUGUACAACCAACCCCCCUUCCACUGGUCCCCGGCACCCCCUGGAGGAUAACCUGUUCCUCCACCCUGAUCUACCUGUGUCCCACCCUUAAUCCCCCGCCCUGGACUUAAAAGGAAAAACUGAGAGAGGAUAAGAAACCAUGGCGGUCUUGAGGGUGAAGUUCACCAAGACCAAGCGGGAUAAGUUGGCCCAGGUGCUGUGGAUCCUUAACUGGAUCUCAGUGUUGACAGGGGCCAUCCUGUUCAGUCUGGGGCUCUUUCUCAAGGUGGAGAUCAACAAGCGAGCGGAGCUGAUGGCCGAGAGGGAUAUCCAGUACGUGCCCAACAUGCUCAUAGCAGUGGGCUUCAUCGCUUGUGCCAUCAACUUCCUGGGUGGGAAGAUCUGCUACGACUGCGUGGACACCACCAAGUUCCUGCGCUGGAAGCUGAUCAUGCUGCCCUACAUCAUCUGCACCUUCUUCUUCACUUUCUGUGUGCUGGUGGGGGCGCUGAUGUGUUACAGCAUGCGUGGGGAGCUGGAGGAGUCUCUGAACCUGGGGCUGGCCGAGGCCAUGAAGUUCUACAAGGACACAGACACGCCGGGACGAUGUUUUCUGAAGCGCACUGUGGACCUCCUGCAGAUAGAGUUCCGCUGCUGUGGAAACAACGGCUACAAAGACUGGUUCGGAAUCCAGUGGAUCAGCAGCCGAUACCUGGACAUGUCUCAGAAAGAGGUGGUGGACCGAUUGAGGAGCAACGUGGAGGGGAGGUACCUGAUGAAUGGAGUCCCCUUCAGCUGCUGCAACGUCAACUCUCCGCGGCCCUGCAUCCAGCAGCAGAUCUCCAACAACUCUGCCCACUUCAACUACGAGCACCAGACGGAGGAGCUGAACCUGUGGCUGAAAGGGUGUCGGCAGGCGCUGCUGGAGCACUACAACUACAUCAUGCAGUCCAUCGGCCUCGCGGUCCUCAUCACCUGGCUGUUUGAGCUGUCCGUGUUGACAGGAGUCCGGUACCUUCAGACCUCCCUGGAAAACGUGCUGAGGCAGGGGGAUCCAAACUCCGAGUCUGACGGUUGGCUGCUGGAGAACAGCUUUAUGGAAACAGCCCGCACCAACCUGAACAUCAUCAAGAGCCUGGGCAAGAGCAACCAGAUCGACACGGCCGACAAUGGAGACCCAAACAUCAAUGUCCCCUCCACCUCCAAAGCACACUACGGGCCAGACAACGUGCCGCCAAAGGAGAUCCCUGAAACCAGUUGACCUCUCUCUUACAAAAAGGACCCAGUGAAGAGCAUCACUGUGGGACUAAAUACCCAGACUACUUAAGAAGAGUCGGAUCAAGAAUUACAGCUGAGAAACACCUGGACAAAGGUGUUUGCUAGUGUGGAAAUGGAGACACAAUCUUACAUCACAUAAUAUGUUUCUUGAGUGGAAUAUUUUCUAAGACAAUGCCUUCUUUUUGUGACUGUUUCCAACCAUAAAUUCAUCAUAAAUUUCCCACCUGUCCUGAUACAGACACCAUCACACGAAUCAUCCCAAAUGUUCACAUUCAUCCAACACAUCCGUACACAACUGUACUGUAACCUGUUGUUUACAAAUGUUUUAUUGUUGCCUGCGUGGUAUGGCUGCCUGUAUAUUUGCAAAACUGGAGUUAAAAUGGACUUAUAAUCAAACAUGAUUGUUCAAAGAAAUCAGUGAAGCACCAAUAUUACAUUAUCACACACAUUUUUUUCUCCUCACUUAAAUGUGUCAGAAAAUAGAGUCAAGAGUUUAUAAUGAUUUUUUAUCAGGAAGUCGUAGUGAAGAAGUUACAUUUUCAGGAAUAGGGUGAUUCAGCUUCAAAUGAAAAAGGCUUUGUAGGAGCUGGAAGAGCACAACAAUUAAUUUCUCUUUUGUUCUGGGUGUUUACAACAUUAGUAUCAUCUUCAUCAUCUUUUCUCUAUAUUUCCAUCAGCAAAUGUUAUUUAGGUCCAUAGUACACAAUGGGAUAAAUACAGUAUGAUCAUGCUUUAAAAGUUAAACCCUUUUACCAACUGAUAACAGAGUUUAUAGAAGGUUCAAACCAUCACUACACUGAAACUCAUGUGCCUCAGAGAUGCCACUGUGUUCCAAUCGUCUACUGAAAUCUCUUUUCAUUGGGAUGAGCUUUGAAAAGCUUGACAAUAAAGCUUUUCAGUCGGCUUUAGUGUCAAUAGCUCCGCCAAGGAGGUCAUGUCUUCGUCUGUGUUUAUUUGUUUGUUUGUUAGCAGGAAGUAAUGGAUGGAUUAUAAUGAAAAUUGGUGGAAGGAUGAGGUAUCAGUCAAGGAAGAAUCCAUUGAAUUUUGGUGCAGGUUCAAGAAUUAUUAUCACUUUAUUUAAUAUUUAAAAAUAUAUAUAUAAUUCAUGGAUCUUGAUGAAAAAUAUGAGGCAUGUUUUGGGGAUGUGUAUGAAAUUUGGUGGAGAUCCAAAUAAAAAUCAAGAUUUAAUGGAUAUAAUGUGGUUUCUUAAGGGAA